GUAGUUUCUCCGACCCGCCCUAAACGGCCAAACCCAUUCGCUUUGUCUUCGCUUCUUUGGAGGCCGGAGGUUCGAACUCAGUAAAUAUCAUACGCAAGCGCUUUGAUACUCUUCACUUUCAGUCUGACGCUGACGGCUUGCUUCGUCACAGUCUAAUUAGAUAAGUAAUGGCAUCACCAGCUUGGUUUGCUCAGGAAGCACGUCCGCCAGUUACUCAAAUUCCUGUAUCUGGCCAAACUUCUGGAGAAAUAUCUAUGGCUUCAACUUCAAAUUCUGCUUCUACACCUCCUGUUGCAGCUGGGUUGUUUAUUCCAGUGCAACCAGUCCCUCAUGGUGUGCAUCAGAACCUGAACACAUCCGGGAAUUCUCAGCUGGUGAUGAAUUCUGCUGCACUUCCAAUGGUUGGUCAACCUCCAGUUCCUGGCCUCCCUUCAUUUGCUGCACCUUCAUUCUCAUAUAAUAUCUCCCAAAGUGUUCAAUUUCCUAGCAACCAGCAUUUACAAUCUAGCACAAACAAGUCAGAUUCUGUUGCACAGGAUGUUGGCAAAGCAUCAUCGGCCUUUAGCAUUCCACAUUCUGCUUCUGCUCACACUUCUAUAUCCGCAAUGUCUGUAUUGCCAGAUUCUAACUACCGUGCUGCUGCUUCUUGGAUGCCACCUACUCCAUCUUUUCCUGUACAUCACAUAAUGCCUGGAGCACCAGGAACUCCUGGUCCUCCUGGAUUGGCUUCAGCUUCGUCAACAUCCUCCAACCCAGCUGCUCCACUAACAAACACAGAUUCUUGCUCAUCCUCGGCACCUAGACAAAAUAUGCCAACUGUGGCCAUUGCUUCAAAUCCUGUUGGCCCCCAUAUGGGCUCAACCUAUCCAUCCAUACCUUCCAUGGCUGCUUCUCAAGGGCUUUGGUUACAGGCCCCACAGAUGGGUGGUGUACCUAGGCCACCACUUCUUCCAUAUGCUGCCGCUUAUCCUGUUCCCUUUCCAUUUCCAGCACAUGGUGUUACUGUCCCAGCUGUUCCAGUACCUGAUUCUCAACCUCCUGGUGUUACUCCUGUGGGAGCUACUGGUGCCACUUCAUCUUCUUCAGUACAUCAGCCAAGGGGAACUGCUGAUUUGCAGACAGAAGCAGUGGUGGGACAUUCUGAUGACAAGCAAAAAUUGAAUGCCACUGGUACUCACAGCAACAAUGCCGUUAAUGAUCAACUAGAUGCCUGGACUGCCCAUAAAACUGAAGGAGACAUUGUUUACUAUUAUAAUUCCUUGACAGGAGAAUCUACCUAUGAUAAACCUGCUGGCUUUAAGGGGGAGCCCGAUAGAGUUUCUGUGCAGCCAACUCCAGCUUCAAUGGUCAAUUUGCCUGGUACUGAUUGGGUGCUGGUUACCACGGGCGAUGGGAAAAAAUAUUACUACAACAACCGAACUAAGACAAGUUGCUGGCAAAUCCCAAGUGAAGUGACUGAAUUGAAAAAGAAGCAGAAUGGUGAUGCUACUAAAGAAAAUUUAAUGUCAGUUCCGAAUACUAAUGUAUUGUCUGAAAAAGGAUCAGGAAUGGUUACUUUGAAUGCUCCUGCUAUUAAUACUGGUGGUCGUGAUGCUGCAGCUUUGAAGUCCUCUAGUUCACAGGGUUCAUCAUCGGCAUUGGAUUUGAUCAAGAAGAAAUUACAGGAAUCAGGAACUCCUGUUAGUCCCCCUGCUAUUCCAACACCAUUAGGACCAACGCUAUCUGAAUCCAAUAGUUCAAAAGCACCUGAAUCUACUGCUAAGGGCCUACAAUGUGAGAACCACAAAGAUAAACAAAAGGAUCCUAAUGGUGAUGCUAAUAUAUCUGACACGUCAUCAGAUUCAGAAGACGAAGUUAAGGGACCUUCAAAGGAGGAGCGUAUCAUUCAAUUCAAGGAGAUGCUUAAGGAGCGAGGAGUGGCACCGUUCUCAAAGUGGGAGAAAGAAUUACCAAAGAUAGUAUUUGAUCCACGUUUUAAGGCUAUCCCAAGUUAUUCUGCGAGGAGGUCCUUGUUUGAGCAUUAUGUUAAAACCCGUGCUGAGGAGGAACGGAAGGAAAAACGUGCUGCUCAGAAGGCUGCAAUAGAGGGAUUUAAGCAGUUACUUGAUGAAGCCUCUGAGGAUAUCAAUCACAACACUGAUUAUCAAACAUUUCGAAAGAAAUGGGGAAAUGAUCCACGGUUUGAGGCAUUGGAUCGCAAGGAUCGAGAGCACUUGUUUAAUGAAAGAGUACUUCCCUUGAAGAAAGCAGCUGAAGAAAAGGCUCAAGCAAUUCGUGCAGCUGCUGCUGCCAGUUUUAAGUCGAUGCUCCUGGAACGAGGAGAUAUAACUGUUAAUUCCCGUUGGUCAAGGGUUAAAGAAAGUUUAAGAAAUGAUCCAAGAUACAAAUCUGUGAGGCAUGAGGAUCGGGAUGUUUUAUUCAACGAGUAUAUAUCUGAACUAAAAGCUGCAGAACAAGCAGCAGAAAGAGAGACCAAAGCCAAGAAGGAGGAGCAGGAUAAGCUGAAGGAGAGGGAGCGGGAGCUGCGCAAAAGAAAAGAACGACAAGAACAAGAAAUGGAGAGGGUGCGACUAAAAGUUCGCAGAAAAGAGGCAGUUACUUCAUUUCAGGCUUUACUUGUGGAGACAAUCAAAGACCCCAUGGCAUCAUGGACGGAAUCAAAGCCUAAAUUAGAAAAAGAUCCUCAGGGCCGUGCAACUAAUCCUGAUCUAGAUCCAUCUGACACAGAGAAACUCUUCCGGGAACAUGUGAAGAUGCUUCAGGAGCGUUGCGUGCAGGAGUUCAGAGCUCUAUUAACUGAAGUCCUGAAUUCUGAAGUAGCAUCUCAAGAAAAUAACGAUGGGAAAACAGCUUAUAAUUCAUGGUCAACUGCUAAACAUUUUCUAAAAUCUGAUCCACGAUAUAACAAGGUUCCGAGAAAAGAAAGGGAAGUUUUAUGGCGCCGGUAUGCAGAGGAUAUGCUGCGGCGGAAAAAGUCAGCUCAUGAUCCAAAGGAAGAUAAGCAUGAUGCAAAAGGUAGAAGCUCUCUAGAGUCUGCAAAGCUUCCUCUGGAAUCAAGGAGAUCGGUUGAGAGAAGAUAAUUUUUUGUUUUAAUUUCUUUUUCUGUUGAAGUCAUCUUUUACCCUGGAAGCUGAUAUUGGAGCAGGCAAGUAUCAUUCUAAAAGUGCCGGAUGUACUUGAUCUGAUUCCUUUCAGAUGGAUGCUCCCAAUAGUGCUUUUUAUGGCCUAAUUGGCUUAUACUUCAUGUCAUUGCUGGAGUCCCAUCAAUGAGGGGAUUUACAUAUUGCUUCAUAUAGCUCUGCCUGUGUGAUGGGGUCUAUCUGAUCAUUUGGUUGUAUCUAUUCACAGAAUAUAUUAUUAGUCAGUCAGUUAAUUUUCCAUAGAAUUUGAUUA